AUGGGAAAGAAGGGAAGCUGGUUUUCAGCCAUCAAAAAGAUUUUUACAUUCAACUCAAAGGAGAAGCCAAACAAUGAAUCAAAUAAGAAUGUUAAGGAAAAGAAGAAAGGGAAGGGAAUAUUAAAGCAUGGAGAGACGAAAUCAUACAUUCCCCUGUUCCGGGAGCCAAGCAGUAUUGAGCAAAUAUUAGGGGAAGCAGAUCAGCUGCUUAUUAGGCAUACUACUACAUCUUCUGAACAGCCAAUAACUCCAACUUUUGUACUGGGAAGGCCUUCCUCGUCCGGGGUUGCUUCACCUAGAGCUUCUUCACGUAAAUUUCAUUCCCCGAAGGUUGCUUCUCCUAGGUUCUCCUCCCUAAGGCCUAUUUCUCCUAGAGCGGUUUCUCCCCGGGUUGCUUCUCCUAAAUCUGUUUCUCCUAAGGUAACUCGAGUACAUGAGGAAAUUAGCUAUGCUUACAGACCGGAACCAACUCCAGCGAACCAGCACCUUUCUGCAAUUAAGAUCCAGGCAGCAUAUAGAGGUUACCUGGAAAGGAGGAGUUUCAGAACUUUGAGGGUGUUAGUGAGGCUUCAAGGGGUGGUAAGAGGCCAAAACGUGAAGCGACAAACAAUGAACGCGAUGAAACAAAUGCAACUCUUGGUUAGGGUUCAAACACAAAUUCAAUCGCGAAGGAUUCAAAUGCUAGAAAACACGGCACUUCAACGCCAAGCUCACAGGAAUGGUGUUGAGAGUAACCAGCAGGAGGCUGGUCAGAAAGAAGAUUGGGACGAUAGCUUGCUAACUAAAGAGGAAAUAGAAGCGAGGAUACGGAAAAAGGUGGAGGCAGUCAUUAAGAGAGAGAGAAGCAUGGCCUAUGCAUAUUCUCACCAGUUGUGGAAAGCAAAUUCCAAAUCAGCUCAAACAGCUCUGGACAUCCGAUCUAGUAGCUCGCCCUGGUGGUGGAACUGGUUAGAACGUCAGCUGCCUAUAACUUUUGAUGGCCAAGUUGCUGCGAAAAAUAUUACUCUAUCUCCUCCAAGGACAAUUUCAGAACACAAGCCAAGUCCACUACUUCAUGCAGGUUUUGAUGGUCAUGAAACUCUUACGCCAAAUUCAUUAAAAUCAACAAUCCCGGUUAGAACCAAACAAAUGCAUACUCCAACUAGGACACCUCUACCUGCAACGAACAUCUCAACUCGUAUGAAAUAUUCAAAGCAGAGAGCAAGUGCUGCAAAUUCGCCUUAUGAUGUUCCAUUGAAAGAUGAUGACAGCCUCACGAGUUGCCCUCCGUUCUCUGUUCCAAGUUACAUGGCACAUACUGUCUCAGCUAAAGCCAAAGUAAGGGCCAACAGCAAUCUGAAGGAGAGAAUUCCACGAACUCCGAGUAACGAUUCAAAGAGGGGGUUUUUAUUUCCUUUGACUCCGUAUAUCGGGCCUUUCAAGUGGAAUAAAGGAUCAAACAAAGAUUCUACUUCUCAAAGGGCAUUAGAAAAUCACCAGCCUUUGUAUUCUACAAGAGAUUUGAGUGUGGAUUCAACUGUUUCUAUGCCUGCUACAGUCGGGAGAAAGCCAUUUAACAGAUUUGUGUGAUAUAUUUUCAUUUCCCUUUACUGUUUGUUAAGGUUUGCAUUAACAUUUUCAAGGCUGUUUUCAGUUUUUUCAUUUUCGCAUACAGAUGGUAUAGAUUUGUGAGAUCUUUGUAAUGAAUAUGCCGUCUUAAAAAUGAUAUUUUUCCCAUCUA